AUCGGUCUUUCAAGCGCUAUUUUGGUCUUAAUACGCGAAAGGCACAUCAAUAUAAGGAUCUAUGCUUUGCUCUUGUUGUAUGGAACUAUGCAUCUGCCGGAAAGAAAGACAUUCAUCGGGAUAUAUCUAGUGUUUUUUGUCUUGGAGUACAACCGGGGAGCGGUAUCAGGGCAGCUCUCGUAUUCCGUCUCAGAGGAGGUAAACCCGGGGACUUCUGUUGGAAAUCUCGCCAAGGAUUUAAAUCUCAAUGUGCAGGAUUUGGAGUCACGUGCGUUUCAAAUCGUUGCUGGUUCGAAAAGAAAGUAUUUCGAUGUAAAUUUGAAGUCAGGUUUUCUCUAUGUCAGUGAAAGAAUAGACAGAGAGGAGCUCUGUGCGAAAGCUGCAAAAUGCACACUAAAUGUCGAGGCUGUGAUUAAUAAUCCGCUGAAACUAUACCGGAUUGAAGUAAAUAUUCUUGACGUUAAUGAUAACCCUCCAUCUUUCAGUGCCAAAUCACAAACAAUUGACAUAGCAGAGAGCAUAUUGCCGGGUGCUACAUUCCCCGUGCUGUCGGCCUAUGAUGCUGAUGUGGGGAAAAAUAGUAUUAACACAUACAAGCUGAACCCUAAUGAAUAUUUCUCUUUAGCGGUGCACAAGGGGGAGAGUGUGUCAGCCGAAUUAGUUCUCCAGAAAGCAUUAGACCGAGAAAAACAGGCUGUAAUUAAACUAACACUGACCGCUGUCGAUGGAGGAACACCUCCAAAAUCAGGUACGUCAGAGAUCAUUAUUUAUGUGUUGGACAUAAACGAUAACAUCCCGACUUUUGCCAAAACCCUGUACAAAGCAAGUAUUAAAGAGAAUGCACCACUUGGUAGCACAGUGAUAUCAGUGACUGCAACUGACGCUGAUGAGGGGCCAAACAAAGACAUUGCAUAUUUUCUAAAUUCGAAAGAUCAGGACCAUGUCUUGGACAUUUUUGAAAUUGAUUCAGAAACAGGAAUAAUUAUCGUUAAAGGAAAUAUUGACUUUGAAACAAAUCCUGCCUUCGAAAUUCGCGUGCAGGCUGCUGACAAAGGCCAGCCUCCAUUAACAGCACAGUGUAAAGUACUAGUGGAGGUGGUGGACCUGAAUGACAAUGCGCCUGACAUCACGGUGACGUCACUCCUCAGCUCCGUAAGGGAGGACGCUGAAACUGGCACUGCCAUUGCACUUGUUUCAGUUCUUGACAGAGAUGGCGGCAAAAACGGUGAAGUCAAAUGCGAAAUAUUGAAUUCGGUUCCCUUUAAAUUAGAGACAAAUUAUAAAAAUUAUUAUUCUUUAGUCACUGCUGGAGCUCUGGACAGGGAACUCAUUUCACACUACAAUAUUACUGUCAGAGCUACGGAUGAAGGUAAACCCCCUCUAUCUGCUACCAGUGUGGUUUUUAUUCAGGUUUCUGAUGUAAAUGACAACACGCCCUGCUUUUCAGAGACUGUAAUUAAUGUGUAUGUGAAAGAAAACAGUCCAGUUGGGACUGUUUUGAAAGCAGUAACUGCAACUGAUGUUGACAUUAGAGAAAACGGUCAGGUGAGCUAUUCAUUA